AUGGUCAAGAUCUUGGAAAGCAAUGAAAGAAUCAGAGGGGAGGUCCACCAGCUUCAGAUGCCUGCAUCUGCAUUAUUAAUGAUCAUCCAGUACACUCCCUCCAAAGAUGGUGCAUGCCAGUCUGAAAAUCUCUUAAAAUGGUGGUGGGCAAAAAGAAAAGAAAAACUAAUUAUUGUUGAAUCAAGACUCACUUUUCAAAGCAAAAUCAAAGCACUGACAGUAGUGGCAACACCAAAAGCAGAAGAAGUCCCAAAACUUCCACCAGCAGCUUCAUCACCACCACCACCGCCGCAGCCACUACCACUACCACCGCCACCAGCUGCAACAACAGGUCUUCCUCAGUCAACGGCUGUUAUAUCUUCAGUAAUGCCAAUUCAGAGUACAGAAUUGCCAGAAAAUCUUAAUUCUACAAAGAUGUUAGAAGAUAAGCCAUUAACACCUGGGUUAACUGGAAGCUGUAGCAAUAGUAGUAUGUCAAGCAGCAAUGGAAGUACAAGCAGUAGUGUAUUUGCAAGCUUAUUUGCUUCAUCGACAGCUUCAGCAAGUUUACAACCUGAAACACAUGGUUUUACCGACUUAAUCCACUCCAUGGCUCGUUCUGAACCUACACCCGACCUUGCACCGCCCUCGUCCAUGGAACCCAUUUCCCUCUGCCUUGCAACCAAUCACGGGUCAUCAAUUUUCGGAACUGCAGGGCAAGAACGUCGGCAAUAUGCACCGCCGCCUCAGCCGACAAUGUCUGCAACAGCAUUACUACAGAAGGCUGCUCAGAUGGGUGCUGCAGCAACAAAUGCAUCAUUGCUGAGAGGGUUUGGGAUUGUUUCUUCUUCUUCAUCUUCAGCAGGACAGCAAGAGUGGCACCGGCAGCAAAUUGAGCCGGGGAGUGCAUCACUGGCUGCAGGGCUUGGACUUGGACUUGCCUGCGACGGGGGUUCUGGUCUUAAGGAAUUGAUGUUGGGAACUCCAUCUGUUUUUGGUCCCAAGCAGACUACGCUUGAUCUUCUCGGGUUGGGCAUGGCUGUUGGCGGCGGCCCAACUAGCGGGUUAUCGGCACUAAUGACCUCCAUUGGAGGCGGCCUUGAUGUUUCAACCGCAGCUGCAUCUUUCAAUGGUGGAGAAUUACCUGUCAAAGACAUAGGUAGGAGCUCAUGACAUGAAUGAGGUAGUUGAAGUUGUUUUGGAGAGAAAAAAAAGCAAAGACUUUUUCCCUUUUGAUGUAGGUGUAUAUUGUGCAAGAGCAAGGGGGGUGUUGGUGGUUAAUUUAUGUCGCUGAUGAAACAUUGAUUAGAUAUAUGAUGAUAUCAAUGCCCCAAAAUGUUUUCUUAUGGAGGUAAGUCUUAGAUGUAACUAUAGGCAAUUGGAUCUUAUAUUCUGUUAUGCAGCCUUUUUUUAAUAGAAGUGCAAAAACAACUUUGUUUAUGUAAUGUAAAAGUAGCAUAUGGUCCCAAAUCCCCCUUUUAGUUUAA